AUGAAGACCAUAGCAGACCACUCGACAAAUGUGCGCGCAACAUGCAACUUUGACACAGAUGGUCUUAACUACACCGAUUAUUUACGAGCCAAGUUUAGCGAUAUUAACGUUAUGCAUUUCAGUGAUCUCGAUUGCAAAAAACUCGAGUACAUCAAUAUCAGAGGCCACGACUGCAUUAACUGCACUGCUUACUUUGGACAAAAUGAACAUUGGCACGCUCAUAUUGAUUCCUAUUUCGGAAUAGCGAAGUGCCAGCUAAAUAGCACAGGGGCGAGGCCCUACCCAGGAGGGGAGGAUAAUUUUGGUUGGUAUCAAACAGUUAAUCCUAUUCACAGAUGCACAAGAAACGACACUUCUACUACGCAGUGGUGGUUUGGUGAAACAUAG